GCUGAUCUCGCGCCUACAGGCUGUGUGUCUCUUGAUCUCUCCCCUCCUCACUACACCACCGGCCGACACCUCCAUCACUUCAUCCCGUCUUCCUUUCCCAUUUGAGGUCCGCCUUUCGUAGGCGCUUUCUCAUCUCAACGAAGUCACGCUCGUUCUAGCAAAGCGACAAUAUCGCGCAAUAGGAGGUUAUUGCAACGGCGAGGAGCGAGGCGGAAAGAAAACGGAAAACAAACACGCCGAGGGAAGCGUGCCGCCCCGCGACUGAGAUUGAAGAGAAACCGAAAGGAGUUAGAGAGAGAGAGAGACGGAGCGGCAAUGAGGACAGCAACAACAUCAUCGGCCAAGGCUGCUAUCGCAGUGGGAUGCUUGGUUGCGGCGGCCGCGUCGCUGCUUCCGACGUCCAUGGCGCAGGCCGUGACGCAACAGACGAACGAUGAUGCGACAAUUGUCGGCACUUGGAGCUCGGGCAGCGGGGCCGUCACAACUGGUCUGCAAUUUUACAACCCCGGCAACAACACGUUCAACAUUCCAUCCGUCGGCGGCCAAUCAUACAGCUUCACAAAGGAUGGCUUCUGGGAACAGGCACUCUACAUCUUUACGUCUGAUCCCACUCACCCCAACUGCGCCCAGGCGCAGCUUAUCUGGCAGCACGGCACCUUUACGCAGAACAGCAACGGCUCAUUGACGCUCACGCCCUUUGAGGGCGACGGCCGGCAAUUGGUGCAGAACGGGUGCACGCAGCAGUCGCAGACGCUCAUCUCUUACGACCAACAAGAGUACAUGCAGGGCUUCUACGUCCGGAAUGACUGGCAUUUCGGCCAGGGUGGCAUCUAUCUCGAGAUGUACGAGUUUGACGGGACGCCCAAGCCCUGGCUGUGGCAGACACACAACCCGCCCGAGAUGCUCCCUACGCAGCAGCUGCACAAGAAGAUUAUCGGAAAGGUCAACGGAUCCUGAAGCGCCUCGAUCAAAUAAGCACAAGAACGGACACUUACAUCCUCUUCGACUCCUUUUCUUUUUUCAUGGCAUCAAGAGGCUUGCCUCGGCGCACUUCGUAUUGGACUUUGUAUUACUGUCUCGUCCCUAUAAAUCAUGC